CAUGUUCAACUUCUGCAGGGAGUCGAGAGGAAGGAGAAUUGCCAGCUGAUGCUGCUUCUCCCGGAGGUAUGGAAAUUGAGGAAACAAGCUUCGUCCAACAAAUGCAUGAUGCUCUGAAGGAAGGAUCGGCUGAUGUUCCACCCACUCCUGACGUUGAUCCAUCAGCUGCGGACACAGGUACUGAUCUUUCUCCUCUCGGAAGAGAAAUCCGAGAAAUGAAUGAGUCGGACCGUGUGCCUCCUCUAAUGACCUGUGCGCUUUCUCUCCUUUUAGUCAAAUUAAAAGAAGCAGGUACCAGUAGUGGAGCUCUCGAAUCAGCCCCGACCAAUGAAGGUAAAAUCGAUCUUUGUCUUGGGCAGAUUCGUCUAAAUUUACAUGUUAUUUAUGGUUCCUCAUGUUCUUUAGACAUCCCGAUGCACGAGCCUAUUGAAGGAGAAGCUACCCAUGCCACCAAAGUCGAUGAUUUUAAUAAUUUCGACUUUAAUAUCUCAGAGGACGACCAUCAACAAAUCCUUGAUUCUCUGUUAGAGAAAGCCUCUGAUGCAACUAUCGGCUCAGAUGUUGGAAUUGGUUCAACGGAAGCCGGUCCUUCUGAGAGUAAGACUUUGGUUCUGUGAACUCCACAUAUAUAUAUACGUAUAUAUUUUGACUUGAUUAAUCAUAUAAGUGUCUGAAUUAUAGGACCAACUGCUGGAGCUGAUACUACUAUAAUUACUGGAACGUCUGAUCGGCCAGAGGGUAGCGAACUCGUGCCAUGGGCAGGAACUGAGGUUGAUUUGCAAUCAUCAGUUCUUGAGCCUCAACCUUCUACUCCUAUGGACCCUAUGAUGAUAGAAGUCACUGUCACUCCCCAGAUUAGUCCGGUCGCAACAAAAGCGAGACCAACUGAAGGCGUUGGUACGUCGGCUGAUGUUAUGCCUAUUGCUGAAUCAACUCUUAAAGAGCCUCUUAGCUUGGACCCGCCGUCUUCUGAAGCUUUAAUUGAAAAAGCCUCUGAUGUAGCGGGUGCAUCAACAGCUACCAUUCCUGAAUCAACCUUGGUUGUUCCGGAAAUCAGGUUACCAUCCUCGGGUGAACUAAGUCAUGCUGAAGGUUCUUCCAUCGAACUUGUUCCUUCAUCAUCAUUAUCAGAUCGCAUCCGAGCUUUGUUAGCAGACGAGGAUCCGGAUAAAGCCGGCAUUUGCUCUGAUCUCGACGGCUUCAUCUCCUUUUUGAAUUCUAUGGUUGAUCGUAUUCUCUCCAAAGGAUCGCGAUUUGAGAGUUUUAAGAAACCUCUUGACCGCUAUAUAUCAGGGAUCCGUGAUGAAGGAUAUAAUGAUUUAGCCGAUUCGAUCAACGCCUACAUGGUUGACUUGAAGCAACAUGUUGACCUUCUGAGGGGUCUUCGCACUGAAAGCGUACCUUCCUACAUUGCUUCUCGCAUGGACUCCAAGCUACAAGCGUUGCGUGAUUCCCAAACAUCAGCUAAUCUCGAGCUCCAACAGCUAAGAGCCCACAGCGAUCAACUUAGGAUGAAUGUUGGCAAGAGAAUACAAGCCCAGGUUAACCUACGUCGGGAUUUAGAAUCGAGUCGAGCAGAAAUAGCUCGCUUAGAGGAGGAACUUGCAAUGGCCAAGGACGCUCAUGAUGUCUUGAAGUCUGAGUUGACGCAGGAGAUUCAUAUUGAAGGCAACCUGUUACAGCAACUGAACCUUCAAGAUAAAAUAAUUGCUGAAAAGGAACAAGAGGUCGUCGCGCUUCACAACGUUGACGAAGAAGCCUUUAAAAUCAAAUUGGCAGCUGAGCUUGAACAGGCUCGUGCGUGUAGGAAUUUGAAGCUGCUGAAUAGAAAUGAUAUACGGAAUCACCUAAUAAAAUCAGGUUUUGAUGAGAAAUAUAAAUACUGGAACUGGCAUGGGGAGGGUAUCACUGAAGAUGAGGAUCCAAAUAUGCAUGUUGAAUAUGAUGUUGAUGAUAAUGUCGAGGAUGAUAUUGGGGACAAAAGUGAAUAUGAUAACGAAGUUGAAUCUGAAGAGAUUGCGAAGAUUAUACAUGAACAAGGAAACGGCAAAGAAUAUGAGGUGGUAUAA